CACACACACGCACACACAACCCUCACAAACACAUGCACACAGCUUGUUUCUCACAAGCGGAGACGAACAGCGGCUCAGCCACACGGCACUGGACAGAAGACGGACAGCUCACGCGUUGUGACGGUAUACUUUGUGAAUAAAAAAGAAGAUCAGCCAUGGGGAAAGGAUGCAUCACAGCCACCAAGUACUUCCUCUUCCUUUUCAACCUCCUCUUCUUUAUUUUUGGAGCACUGAUCAUGGGCUUUGGACUGUGGGUUCUCCUUGAUAAUCAAAGUUUCAUUGCUGUUUUACAGGAGUCAUCAAACACGUUGAAGGUGGCCUCCUACAUCCUUAUUGGAGUGGGCUCCCUGUCCAUGGCCAUGGGCUUCUUCGGCUGCAUAGGAGCCAUCUAUGAAAUCCGUUGUCUGCUGGGCCUGUAUUUUACCUGCCUCCUGCUCAUCCUCAUCGCCCAGGUGACUGCUGCAGCGCUCAUUUACUUCCAGAGGGACCGGCUGAAAUUCGAGAUGUCCAACAUCAUUAAGGGCAUGAUGGUCAACUACACUGGCCAGAACAGAACCACAGAGCAUACUUGGGACUACAUCCAGAGGACGAUGAAGUGCUGCGGGUGGACUGGUCCAGGUAACUGGUCCGACAACAUCUGGAUUAGGAACAGUUCCCAGAUCCUCUAUCCCUGCUCCUGUCGCAAUGAUUCCCAGCCUGGCACUGACAUCAAGGAGACAGGGCUGUGUGAGCAUCUAUCCACAGAUCUUCCUGUUUAUGAAACGGGGUGUAUUUCCAGUGUGGAGGAAUGGCUCCUGGAGAACUGUGGAGUUAUUCUUGGAAUCUGUGUUGCAGUGGCAGUCUUGGAGCUCCUGGGAAUGAUCCUAUCCAUGUGUCUGUGCAAGAGUGUUGUCCAGGAGGAUUACACCAAAGUACCCAAAUACUGAGCUGAAGACAGGACCAGCUUCAUGCCACAAAGACAGAUGGACUCUCUCUCUCUCUUUUCUCGUACUCUUUCUCUCUCACACUCUUUGGUACACACACAAAGGGAGGCAGCUGUUUCCACCCGUUAAGCCUCUCCUGCCUAGACAACUGUGCAAAUCUCUCACUCCAAAUGUAUCCCCCCCAUUUGGACACACAUUCACAAGUUACCGUGGGCCACAAGUGCAUGUACUUUCUCGUCUUACCUCCAGUGAAAUACUUUUUUUCAGGAGAGACUUAGUAGCUCCAGGUGAUGACUUUUGGUGGGAGCAAGAGACUGUUUUUGCAGUGUAAUGAUAUGCAAUGUUCAUGUGUGAAUGUUUGUGUGGUAUUGUUUUCCUUGGCUGUCUUCUCUGAAGUGCUUACCAUUCUAGCAGUUAGCCCCAUCUCUGUGGGAGAGAGCACUUUGACAUUUGGUGAGCAGAGAGCUGGAGCAUCUUCUGACUCGAGGCAGGAAGAUGAGAAGGAAAUCGGAGGGUGUGGGUGGGUGCAUGUUGGAUGCUCACUAAAAUUAAUCCUACUCUGUAAUCCCAGAAGUGGUAUUUUUGGUGUAGAGGGUAGAAGAGAGGCCCCGGGCUGAGCCAGGGCAGGGUUUCUGUGGUGGAGUAUUUGCCUUUCGCCAUCAGUUGCUCUUUCUGUGGAGCCCUAAUAUUAACCUCACUUUUUCCCCCACCACCUCUUCCUCCCCCACCCAUCCAUCCAUCCAUGCAUCCAUCUUCUGUCAGCUUCUCUUCUUCUCUGUCCUCCUCUUGGGUGUGUCUGACUGGUAACCAGUAGCUUCCAAAAUGAUUAGUUCUGCAUGAAGUACAUGUGUGUAUAAUGUGUUGAGUGAGUAUUUUAUUUCUUCCGAUUCUUUUUUUUUUUUUAUUACAUUCUCAUGUCAUCUCUGUUUUUUUACCGCUGUAUAUAUGUUUUUGGUAAGGGAUUAUUGCACUACUGUGCUUGGUCAGCAUAAUAUGUGGGAAAACGGUCACCCACAUGCUCAUGUUUUAAGACUCCUAUUGUUCUUUGUCUCUAGCCUGUUGUUUAUGAUUUACAGAGUGCAGCUGCCAGAGCUGCUGUCAGCACUAUUUUGGCUUGAAUCAGAGAAAUUGAAGGGUAAUUUUAAGUUUGUCCUUGACUUGAGUCUGUCUUCCCCUCCUAAAGUGAUAUUUUCUUUUUCUUUUUUCUUUUUUUUUUUUUUUUUAAUCAAGUGUACCAUCACAUGACUUUGUCAACAGACCAACCACAGUGGCUUCCCCAGAAUCUGUAGUUAAGUCACUCACACCUGUUAUUUUGAACACCUUUGGUAUACAGCCCUAGUGGUAGCAUAUUGUGAAUGAUAACUGCAACAAUGUUGCCUUAUUUUUCCUUGCUCUGUGUGUUUUCUCCCUAUAGGUUUGCUUGUAUAUUAUUAGCAACAAUAGCGAUAAGCUUGAAGCUGGUAGUGACGCCAGAAAGUGACUGUUCAUCACCUUUAUAUUUUUGGUAUUUGUGAUAAAACUUGUUCUACAAAAGUGUUUAAAUAUUGCUUUGAAGUGUCCUAGUCCCACUUAUCCAUCUCCCCAUCUCAACUCUUCCACUUCAUUUCAAACACACUAUUAUGGGUGACUUUACCGGUUAAUUUAGUGGAGAAAUUGCUGUUUUAUGUGGUGUGUAGUUUGUCAUGCAUUUCACAUUAGCUCAAUUCAACAGCCAUUUCAGACUGUGCUUCUCAAGCUGCAAUUACACAGGAGAGAGGAAACUGGUCAUUUGUCAUGAAAAAAAAAAAUAAUGGAGUCUAUCAGACUGUUACAAUCAGCCUCUGCUUUAUGACCUGCCAAAUUGAAACAUUAAUUUAACUUAAAUAUAGAUGAAGGCUUUUUAUUUUGUUUAAAAUGUUUAUACACUUAUACAAAAAAAAAAAAAAACUAUGUUUAGAAGCCAUGUUUUUUUUUUAAGUGCAUUUCUUUUCUUUGUCCCGAAUUAUUAAUAAACUGAACCCAAGACAGUCCACUGA